AUGGCCUCUUCGCUCACCAGAUUAUCAUUGGCAGCGUCUCUGGCACCCGGCUCGCUGGCCUGGACAAGCCCUUCGUUGGGCUCCUUGCUCGAACUUUUCCCGCCCUGGCUGCUUGCCGUUCCAAAGAAGAAGGUGUCGCACUCGCGCAAGAACAUGCGGAGCGCCAACAAGGGUCUCAAGGACAAGCACAAUAUUGUAAACUGUCCCGGCUGCGGCGCCGCCAAGCUGUCACAUCACUUAGGAUGCUCCGUUGAUGGAGGGUCAGAACCCAACGCCGGCAUGAUACUCCACAUCAGGACUCAUUCACGUCAUUCGCUAGUCCCUCGCAUUUGUUUCGCUGUCACUCCUUGUAUAUGA